UCAGACAUGCUGCAACCAAUUACAGACAAGUCGAUGGUAUGAAUGUUGACAGACUCUUGGUAUGCACCACAGUUACAGAAGGAGCACUGAAGAGAACAGAUCGCUUAAUUGAAAGAAGCUUGACAACACUUGCAGAAAUGAAUGUCGCUGUUGACUUUCAAUGUGAGAAGAACAACCAAGAGCACAGGACUGCUGAGAUUGACACCACCCGACUGAUAGUCAGGAGGGGACAGCCAUUCCACAUCACAUUGCAAUCCUACACUGAUGAAUAUAUAGAUGACGACACAACUGCACUCAGUGCUGAGACAGGGCCGAAACCUUCAACAACAUCUGGAACCAAAGUCCUGUUUGCUUUGAAUUCAUUUAGUACAAAUGGUUGGAUCGGAAAAGUUACUUAUAACACUGGAACCAGAUUGACCUUGGACAUAUCCUCAUCUCCAAAUGCCAAGAUUGGACGAUAUAGCUUAUCUCUUCUAGCUAUAAAAGGAGGCCUAGUCAGCAGCUGCAAACUUGGGGAGUUCAUCCUACUCUUCAAUCCAUGGUGCACUGAGGAUGAAGUUUUUCUGGACAGUGAGGAACAACGAGAGGAAUAUGUACUGAAUGAAGAUGGGAUUGUCUUCAUGGGUGAUAAUCAUUGUAUUCAAAGUCGCUCAUGGUACUUUGGACAGUUUGAAAAGAAAGUCAUAGAUAUCUGUCUUAUGUUAUUGGACAUGAAUCUCAAAUGCCUGAAAUGCCCAGGGAGGGACUAUGUACGCAGAAAUGACCCUGUUUACAUCAGCAGAGUCGUGACAGCUAUGGUGAAUUGCCACGAUGACAAUGGGAUACUUGAAGGCAAAUGGGAUGGCCCAUACACUGGAGGGGUGUUGCCUUGGAAUUGGAAUGGAAGCGUUGCCAUCCUUCAUCGGUGGUACAAUCGUGGCUAUCAAAGAGUUCAGUUUGGGCAGUGCUGGGUGUUCGCAGCAGUGGCCUGCACAGUUUUGAGGUGCUUAGGAAUUCCUACUCGUGUUGUCACAAACUUUAAUUCUGCUCAUGACAGCAAUGGGAAUUUAACAAUCGACACUUUAUAUGAUGAAUGUGGGAGAAAAUAUGGAAGACAAAGCGAAAGCAUUUGGAACUUCCAUGUCUGGAUAGAGAGUUGGAUGGCACGAAAUGAUCUGAGGCCAGGUUAUGAUGGUUGGCAGGCAUUGGACCCAACCCCACAGGAGAAAAGUGAAGGAAUUUUUUGCUGUGGACCAGCUCCAGUCAAUGCAAUCAAAGAAGGAGCUGUGGAUAUGAAGUAUGACGUUCCCUUUGUUUUUGCUGAGGUCAAUGCUGAUCAAAUAUCUUGGAUCAUGCAUAGAGAUGGCAGAAAAGAAAAGAUACAUGUUGAAACUCAGCAUGUGGGCCAGAAUAUCAGCACCAAAAGUUGUGGCAGAAAUGGCCGUGAUGAUGUUACCCAUAGUUACAAAUAUCCUGAGGGUUCUGCUAAAGAAAGAGCAAUUGUUUCUGAAGCUGACCUCACAAAUAGACUGUGCUCCCAGCCGGAAAAUAAACUCCAUGUCCAUGUGAAGACUGAGAAAUCAAUCAACAAUGGAUCUGACACUCAAGUUCUUAUAACAAUCUCCAACCGCAGUUCAACGAAUAUGGUCUGCAAACUUAACUUCAAUGCUCAUAUGAAGAGCUAUGAUGGAAAACUCAUGCGCCAAAUUACAGAAAAGAAUCUGGAACAAAUUGCUGUUCAGGCCAAUGAAGAUGAAACAGUGGCUCUUGAAGUGGCUUACUCACACUAUGGUGAUUACCUUGAACAUCAUCAUUUGAUCAAGUUGACUGCUUUAGCAUUUGAUAUGGUGACAAAAGAAAGUGCAAUGGCAAUGAAGGAUCUUCUUGUGAUCAAUCCUGAUAUUGCAGUUCAGAUCCAUGGUGAUCCUAUUGUACACAAACCACUGACAGCAGAAAUCUGCUUUACAAACCCUUUGCGUGUACCACUGAACAGAUGUGUCUUCACUGUGGAAGGAGUAAAUCUAAUUUAUGGGAUGGAGCAGUUCAACAUCGAUGAGAUAAAGCCAAACCAAACAAUGACAAUAAACGUUGAAAUCAUUCCCAAGAAAGCAGGCCUACGAAAGUUGAUGGUGAAUUUUGACUGCGACAGAAUGAAGGAUGUGAAAGGAUACAAGAACUUCACUGUCCAAUGUUUUAACCUCUGAUUUACCUCUCACCUCCUGUAUUGCAUAUUUUUUGCCAUUACACGAUAUAAUUGCAUUUUAGUACUUUACUCUGCACAUUUGGAAAUGCUUUUUAAUCAAAGUUACUCAGGCUAUGGAAACUGUACAUGUUAUUGUGUAUUUUUAAGAUGACUAAUCUAUGAGAUACUUGUGUAGAAUUUGGUCCCCAUCAUAGGCAAUUUCUGUGCAAAAGCUAAAAGACUCAGGGUGGCCCAUUUCCAAGAAGGAUCUCCCGUACCUGAUGGCAGCCAGUGAUUUCAGAACGCUUAGGUCACCCAUUCAGCCCCUUGAAUAUUUUGAUCAGUAGUGCGACAUCUCAUUUACAACCUGAUACCAAAUUGGGGAGAAACACUGAACUUGACAUUCUUACCUCCAUGGCCUACAGGUUUACAGCAGCUUAAUCAGCGGUCCCUAGAGGGAACAGCUGGAGGCAGGCAAACUGAAUGUAAGUGUUCAUUUUUGUUUUUAAAUUUACCAGGAGCCCAGAGGACUAUAUCAGUCCUGUGGACCAAUGCCUUCCGGUAUUCUUCCCGUGCCUGUUUGCCACCCUGUCCAGUCUUCAUCUGAGGCUGUCUAAGUCAGUCGAUGCAGGCCCAGCGGAUCAGCCGAUGUAGGUCCAGUGGGUCAGUUGCAUCAGGACACCCCAUUAGCAUCUGCAGCUUGCCAGUAUCAUAAAGGUGACGACCAAAGCUCAAUUUCUGGGAAGCCUCGUGCCUUUGUUUUCAGGCACACCUUGCAGAAAGACUUUAUAUUGUGUCUAUUUUUUUAAAUGCAGAAACAAUUUCUUGGCUAUGCUUUUAAAAUCUACUUCUCAAUGUUUUACAGAAAGGUUUUGACUCACUUUUGUUUCUCUGAUAGGGUUAUACACAAAAGGGUGACUGUAUGAUUAUAUAAAUGGGACAUUAAGUGGCAAUAAGAAAUGUUGGUCAGGUUUAUAUUUAGGAAAUUUAAUGUGAUACUUAAGGAAGAUUAUUAAAAUAAAAGGUAUUGCACAGAAUCCUUAUGGUGAUUAAUAAUUAUUAUAUUUUGAGAUACUCCCCUUUUUAAACUUAAAGUUUGAACACUUUGAAUCUGAAGUUGAAAUUUUUCCAAAUGAUCCAACAUGGCCAAUAUUAACAUCCCCAUAUUAUUACUAUAAAUAGAAAUCUGGAAUAUUUGCUGAUGUGCACACCUUUGAAAUUAGGGACAAUAAGCAAAAUUCUGCAGGUUCUGCAAAUCCAAAACAAAAACAGAAGAGAAAUAUUCAUCAGGCUAGGGAGUCUCAUGGAGAGAAUAACCAAGUAAUUUUGGCUAACAAAUCCUUCUGCGGAACUGGAACCUACAAAUAGUGACAACUAAAUCCUGUAGAAAAGUUCACACUGUGUUUCAGAGUGAUGACAGUUUUCUGAAUCUGGAUGUAACAAGGGUUUCUAAACAUUAAGGGAUGUUAGUGCCAUGCUAUUAUAUCUCUGAAUUGAUAACUAAUCCAUUCAAAGAAUAGGAUGACUUUGCAGGGAUCAAUCUCCUUUUGACUGCUACACUUUUUUUAAAAAUUGGGAGGGCACAGACCAAACAAAAGAAGCCAAAUGUACAGGGAGAGGACAAUACUUGCCAUGAUAUCCAAUACCUGAUGCUUGUAUUAUGGACUCCUAUCUUGGUCUAUGCACGACAUUCCCUAUGAAAUUAUGUAUGACCUUCCCUAGUUUGACUAACAAGAUGAAUCAUUCUCAUCUAAUUAUGUAUCUUUAUGUAUCUUCUUCAUUUUAACUUUAUGAAUUCAAAUGUUUGUGAUCUUUAUACUCCUGAUAUAUGUACUACUUAUUGAUAUCCUAGGUA